AGGGACACUCAUAUCCUGCUCCUUCGCCAGAGUGAAGAUGUCUCUCCAGGCUCCUCUCCUACCUGCAGUGGUCCUGUCUCUGGUUCUGGUUGUGUUGGCUCUGACAGGGCUGUCCCAUGCCCAGCCCCAGCCCAAGGCUUCUGUCCUGGAUUUCUCAGCCAGCCUGGGUAACCUCCUCCCCAGCCUCAGCCGUCCAGCCAACUCCAGCCGGAUCUUCUACGGGGUAAUGUUUGACGCUGGCAGCACUGGGACACGCAUCCACGUCUAUACCUUCAUACAGAAAGACCCUGGUGAGUUAUGUUAAAAUUCUACUGGAGAGAGAGGUAUUUAGAUGCUCCCAGAUGUGUUACUCUAUGCAAUGUUGUGGAGUUGAAUUGCCCAUUUAUUUCAAAAUAAAUGUGUGUAUUAUUAGAUGCUAGUCAAUGAACAUUACACAAAAUACCCAUCUUCAUAAAACAUCAUUAAUGUUUGCAAAUUGUAGAUUAAAUGCUUAUUGAUCCGAGUGGAUUUUGUAAUUUCAAUUGUAUAUCUUUAUCUGUUGACUGAUGGUUCAUUUGUAUAUUUUGUCUGACAGAGUUACCAGUGUUGGAUAAUGAGAUGUUCCAUUCCAUCAAGCCUGGUCUGUCAGCAUACGCAGACAUGCCUGAAAUGGUGAGUACAGUAGCGGUUGUAAUUGUCGAUGCAGCAAGUGAUAUUCCAAUAUUCCCAAAACACUUUAAAUAGAUUUUGCUCAAAUUCAUCAUCAUCAUCAUCAUCGCAACCACGUUAUCUCCCCAGGGUGGGUACACAGUGAGGCAGCUUCUGAAGGUGGCUAAGAAGACCGUCCCUCGGCUGGAUUGGAAGAGAACCCCACUGGUCCUGAAAGCUACAGCAGGGCUCAGGCUGCUGCCCCCAGAGAAAGCCCAGGGUCUACUGGAACAGGUACUGGCUAGGGCACUGCUUGAUCUGAUAGGGGGCUACUGUGUAGGGAGUUGGGAGUUGGGGGGCUAGUGUACGGCUCUACUAAAUCAAGUAUGGCACUGCCGAAGGUGUUGACACUACAUUCACUCUUUCUGUUGUCAUCUCUCUAUCUUCCCACUCUACCCCUCAGGUGCAGGACGUGUUUGAUGAAUCUCCCUUCUUCGUCCCAGAUGACAGCGUCAGCAUAAUGGAUGGUACAAAUGAAGGUAAAGUCUCGUCUCGUCUACCAAUAACCCCCAGUCAACCUCCAGUCAAACCUAUUCAUCAGCACUUCGGUGGCAGGCUUCAGCAGUGCUCUCCUCCUGGUAGCAUCAGUCACUGUUCUCCUUCUACAGCUUGCUGUGCUCUUUAUUUUUCAUGGUGUUGGUUUUCCUGAGGCUGUUUUACUAAAUUACUGUAGAUUACCCUGAUCUGUUAUGAUGACGCUGUUGGAAAAAGAGGGUUGUUGUCGUUAGAGGCAGUGUUGGUUACAUCUCAAAAAUGUGUAAUUAUGUGGUGAAUGGAUUUAGUGGUUUACCAAGCCUCGUGUGGUGUCAUUGUUUAAUUGAUUUGUCAGCAUUUUGACCACGUCUCUCAAAUGAUAGCUCUCUCACACGUAAAACGAAUGCUUAUGCAUGUCAAACAAGUUGUGAGGUAACUGCACUAAACUGCAUUGUCAGAUCAGUAUUAACCCCACUUGAAUUGAACUUUUUUGUUCUCGUAGGAAUUUUGGCGUGGGUUACUGUGAACUUUUUGACAGGUGAGACUUGUAACUUCUUGUCAUAGUACAUAUUGUAAUGAAUUCUUUUAACUUUUCAUAAAUUUUUGGUCAGACUAUUCUAUUAUCAGGGUGUAGGGUUGGCCAUAUAUAUAUAUAUAGACAUACUGUACAUAAACUCAAAGACAUCUGAAAUGGCAAUGACAUUUUUUAUUUCUCAUAAACCCUGGCUCUCCAGAAGAUAACCUCAACUUGUACAACCAUAGUCGAUACUGAGUAGGGUUUUAUUCCUCAAAGGGACUCCUAUCAUCUUUAUCAGAUCUCCACAGCGUGUUUCACACCUCUGGAUACAGAUCCUGGGCUGUACCAAAUCAGAAGUGUGACUGAUUCCUAUCUCGCCGUCUUCAGAGGGAACUUGUCGAUAAAGUUGGUUCAAAUGUGAACUUCUUUUUUUAGGUCACCUGUAUGCUGAGACCAGGAAGACAGUGGGGAUUCUGGAUCUGGGGGGAGGAUCAACUCAAAUCACUUUUCUACCCAAAUGCAAGGUUAGGGUCCAUUUGUACAAGUUGAUUUAUUUUCAAUAUUGUGUUUCUACACUACGUUGAUACAGUGUUUAUAUUUUAAUAUGAAUAAUAUAAUAUAUGCCAUUUAGCAGACGCUUUUAUCCAGAAGAUCAGUUAGCAGAAGAUCAGUUAGACAUGCAUACAUUUCUUCACAUAUUUAUUUGUCCUGUGCAGAAAACCAUUGAAAGUUCUCCUGCUGACUACAUUGCCAGACUUGACAUGUUCAACUCUACAUAUGAACUGUACACUCACAGGUAAACAAUCUAAAUCCACUGAUGCAGAAAGUAUAAACAGUCACGAGUAAUUGUUCUUAAUAACAAAACCGUAAUAGUUUGUAAAAGUGCUAUCCAAAUAACUAUUAAUUUAUUGAUUUGAUUGACAGCUACCUGGGUAAUGGACUGAUGGCAGCCAGACUGGCAGCCCUAGGAGCACUGGGGGCAGAAGGUAAUGGCUCGAUUCAAUCCGUAGCGCUCAAGAGCUGCGAUACACUCAGAUAGAAAUGUAAUUACCUUUAAAUUUCAAUUGCACUAUAACGCUGAACUUCGUCAAUACAGAUUGAAUCGAGCCCUAACAUUCCUUUACAUAUCAUCAUCAGCAUGUUAGAAUCCCCAAUUCACACACAAUAUAGGUUUUAGAACAUGCAACAUCUUUUCACUUUGCUAUGUUAUUCAUAGACCCCCAUACAUCAUUAUUUUGUUACUUUACACUACAGGGUUGGAGUGGAGAGUGUUCAAAAGCUCCUGUCUGCCCAAGAAGUUCAGAGAGGAGUGGAGCUUUGGAGGACUCACAUACACAGUCAGCGGGAUACCUGAUGGUGAGAGUCAACCAACUCACUGGAUCUGCUAGAACUACCAUCAAAUAUGUACUGUAAUAGAACAACCUUAAUAUAAUAUAUUCCCUUUAGCAGACGCUUUUAUCCAAAGUGACUUACAGUCAUGCAUGCAUACAUUUUACAUAUGGUGUGCGUAAAAUGUACCUUGGAACAGUUAUUUGGGUGGUAACACAAAACGUAGCAUGCCGAACUUGGUACCUCUGAAAGUGUCUUCCUAUGCAGGGUACUAGGGUUUACCUGGGGUUGCUGUAAAGCAGUUUGUCACAAAUGUGUAUGAAAGUGCUAUACAAAUGCAUUGUAUUGAUUGAAAAAUUGAGGUCAUAACAGUAUCCUGUUUCGGUCCCUGUCCCAGGUUAUGCGGGAUACAAGCUGUGUUACCAGGAGGUGUUGAAGGUGGUAAAGGGAAUGGUUCACCAUCCCUAUGAGUUGAAAGACACCAGUGUGUUCUAUGCUUUCUCGUACUACUUUGACCGAGCCGUGGAUGCAGGCCUUAUUGGUGAGAACACACACACACACAACUUCUACUACAACCGAGCAGUGGACGCAUCAGUAGCCCUGUUUAUACCUGGUUCCAACAAUUGUCCUUUGUCCUGAUCUUGUCCACAUUCUGAUUGUGCCCACAACAGGUGUAAACGAUUACGACGCAUUGUGAUCAGACCUUCCUGACCACCUCCGGAUGUAGUCAGGCACACAUUGUGUCUGGAUAUCUUACAAGUGUAGACGGAUCUGGACAGUGAAACCAUUUAAAUCAUCAUUAUCCCACCCUCUACAAACAUUGACAGGUUACACCAUUGACUUUUGGCAUCAAUAUGUGUCUUAAAAUAAAAAUAUUUUCAAGUAAUAUCUGUAAAAUAAUUUCAUACAGGGCGGGACCAGGAUAUCUAGUCACAAUGCUGACACAGUGGACGGAUAAGACACAUUUUACUACCGUGUGUAGAUGCAAUGGCUUCAAUGUGGGAACAAUCGGAAUGUGGAUAAGCUCAGGACAAAGGACGCAUGUUAGAACCAGGUAUAAACGGGCUAGUGAGAGGACACACACACACAGUUAGUAUAAUGACUCCUAGAAUGAGAUCCUUUCCCUUCCUCCCACUCGACAGGGAAAAAUAGCUAAUUACUGAGGUAACUGACUCAGACUCAGUGGUGUGAUGAGUUCUAGAUGUGUAGUUAUUAGAGUGGUGUCCGUGGUCGUCGACUUGUCAGUGUUGUAAGAUGAUGAGAAAGGUUACAGGCCCUAUUAGUAUGAUGGAGAUGUAUAGGGUUAGUGUAGCCCUGCUCUCAUUGUAUUGAAUGAUACAGUGUGAUGACAGUGUUUCUGAAGGAAAGAUUAACGACCCCCCGUCGUUCCUCUCUUUCAGACGGGACCCAAGGAGGAAUGCUGGAGGUCAGGGACUUCAAGAAGGGAGCUAAAGAGGGUGAGAACAAGUUAAGCCACAAAUACAAAAUACCAUAAAGAUCGAUGUAUCAAAAUAAACGACAAAAUACUUGUAUUUUGAAAUGUAUUUAAUUAAAAUACAUGUAUUUUGUAUUUUAAAAUACAAAAUACAUGUAUUUUGUAUUUUAAAAUACAGAUAUAUAUUUGCAAGUAGCCGGCCCAAACAGUAACGUUUUACUUGUACUUUAUCUACCUUAGUUGAGUGCCCCGACUGUAAGUCACUCUGGAUAAGUGUCUGCUAAAUGACCUAAAUGUAAAUGUAUAUGUAAAGAAUAUAUUAACAUACCAAAAUGAUAGCUCUUAUCAGACCGUAGUGCCAUCGGACUCCUGAUACCAACUCCAGGUGAAAGGGAGCAACAAAAUGGUGAACUGCUAUAAAAAAUGGGAUAGAAAAGUAUUUUGAAAAUACAAAUGACAGCUCUCGAAAGUAUCUUGUUACAAAACACAUAGGAGUGUAGUUCAGCCCAGUGUAAUACAAAUGACAAAUUACUCAGAAUUGAAAUACAUUUUUCAAAUACAUAGAAAUACUGCGCAUAGCAAUGGAUUUAUCAUUACUGUGUUGUGCAGGGUUCCCCAACUUGGCCAUCCAGGUUUUCUGAGCAAAAAAAUAACAUAAAAUAAAAACGCAUGUGACACGCUGCACGCACCGCAACCUAGUCUGGCAGAUGAAUCCCAGCUGUGUGGAUUGCCUCCCAUUGAAGUGAAUGGACUUCUGGCUGAACGCAUACAUACUGGUGGGCACAAGGCUUAGGCCUAGAUUUAAUCAGAUCAAGCGUUAACCAGCAAUAGCCGACACCCGCAUAGCUGAUAUUUUGGCGGUGUCAGAGGUGUAACUGCGUUGGAGCAGCUCUUGUGAUCAUUGUCACAAAGCCACACCCGUCCCACUCAUGUUAGAAGUUAAAAAUGAGAAAGUGUAGGCUAUAUAGAAAUAAUGAUGCUCAAAUUAAAAAUCAUUGUUUAAAAAAUCAGCCUCAUCAAGGUGUAGAUAACAUCACACAUUCCAGUGUUCAAACUUCCUAUUAAUGUGACUCCGUGCAGCCAAUGGCAAUGUCCGCGAUAGCUAUAAUGCCGGAAUCCGCUGGAUUUGACAGCUGGAACGCAGCUUCCUUCCCACACCGUCAAAACAGCAGCUAUGCGGGUGUUGGCUAGCUCUAGCCCUUACUGCACUAUGCUUGAGAAGUCUGAAUGGCUUAAAGGUGCCUUCCUCUCCUCGUUUCACUGAUCUGGAAGUGGAUUUCUGUUUCAUGUUCCAGUGUGUAACAAGAUGUCUAAGUACCGUCCGGUCAGCCCCUUCCUGUGUAUGGACAUGACCUACAUCACCUGUCUGCUCAAAGAUGGCUUCGGCUUCAAGGAGAACACUGUACUGCAGGUGAGACAGUGAAGUCAUAAUGCACAAUAGUCCUUUUGGCAAUUCAGUAACACAAAACCACACUUUUUAAAGCUAGCAACAAAGAAAUGGUCAGACACAAGAUCAGUUAGACAUUUUUACUUAAAUAAAUACAAAAAGGCAUGAGUGAUUUGGUGUGUGUUGUCUCCUUUCUCCAGCUGACUAAGAAGGUGAACAACGUGGAGACAAGCUGGGCUUUAGGUGCCACGUUCAACCACUUCCAGAACCUAAAGAUCCACUGAGAGACAAAGAGCCACAGGGUUGGGUGGGAUCACUGGUUUACAUGGUGCUCAACAAGAAAUGGACUGAUAAGCCUUUGUGUCUUGUUGCGAAUUGUAAUGUCUUAAAGAUAUGCCAAACUUGUAUCUUUGCCUUAUGUUCAACUUGCAAGAUUUCACAUUUGAGAUGGAAUUACAAUUGUUAACUAUUUUGUUACCCAACACGUAUAUGGCUGGUACCAUAGUUCAGUAGGUCUGUUGUUUUCAUGUUGUGACUGGCUGCUAUAUUGUAGGCUUGUAUUAUGUACUUCUCUAUUAAAGCACUGGGGGCUGAAACUCCACAUAGUUGUGUUACUGCAAAUACUGUAUAAAUCUGGAUAUUUUGACCGUCUGAUAUCAGUUGGGUCUGAUCUGUCUUUUCAUAAAAAAAAUUGAAGCUGGUACAGUGGGGAAAAAAGUAUUUA